AUGUUGAAGGACAAGCUACAGUUCUCUGGGGCUAAUUUGAAAAAUGAAGCAAUUUUAUAUUAUUUCAAUGAGAUUUUGGCUUCUUGCCAACCAGGUCGGCGUCGCUUGUGCCUUGUCAAAGACAUUGUCCACUUUCAGCGAGGUUCGGAAGACGAAUAUAUUAAAAGCCGCCAGAAAGUCAUGAAAGGCCGACUUCAACAAUUUAUGCACACCUUGGCCGUACGUCAAUCAGAUGCAAAAUAUCUUGCAUUGUUGGCGCAAGAUCAAAUCAAUAUGGGGCUGGCAUUUUCGGGCGGGGGCUACCGCUCCAUGCUGACUGGUUCAGGAUUUUUGUUGGAAAUGGAGAGUUUUGGAUUGGUCGACUGUCUUAACUAUGUCACAGGUAUAUCAGGAGGGAGCUGGAUAUUAGCUAAAUUAAUUCUUGGUGAUUUCAAGGUUGAUACCUUGAUGGAUUGGCAUCUCACGGAUGGCCUAUUGAAAGGGGUUUCAGACCUGAAUAUAUCUGAGCAAAGUGUGGUUAGUCUACGCGACUCUGAUGAUCUAAAGAAUAUAUUCCGUGCUGACGAUUGGUUUUAUCAAAAGUUGACCCAAGUAUCCAGCCUGUGGAAAAGGGAUACUGCAACGGAUCCGCUUGACGUGUUCAAACGAUUUACCUCAGACGUGGAGAACCUUUCGAUACUACUACGCGGAAUGAGAGUUGAAAAACGGAGCAGUAACUAUAUUUCAAAAUUUAAGCACCUCUUUCAUGGCAUUUUCAAAACUGACUCAAGUUUUGACUCGAAGGUGGGCAAGCUGCUAGAAGCAUCUAAUGAAAUUCGCGCGAUAGUUCAGUUUUACGUUGAUCUUCACUUGAAGGCCAAGAAUAAAAAAUUAAGCGGCUUCCCUCUUUCAUUUACAGAUUAUUGGGGGCAUGCACUAAUCAACCAGAUUGCACCGUCGGAGGGCAAAAGCUCUAUAACAGACAUCCUAGCAAAAAGUUCGCGAUUCCAAAACUAUGAAAUGCCCCUUCCGAUAUUCGUGGCAAAUUGCAAGAAUCGCAAUUUGCACAAUGCCGCCUUUGAAUUCACACCGUUUGAAUUUGGUUCCUGGACCUCUUUACGGUUGUUCAUUCCGUUAAAGUACUUGGGAUCACAUAUUGUUAGAGGUUUGCCAAUCAAAUGCGUAACUGGUUUUGACGAGAUCAGCUUCAUAACUGGAACAUCCUCCUCGAUAUUCAACAAUGUGCUAAUGAGUGUGUGGCAGAUGAUUGCACCCUCGUUAAACACCCGCAAGGCGAUAGGGGCCAUUUUGAACGCCUUCAAUUUGGUAUUCGAAAACUCAGGACAGAAGGAAAGGCAAAUACGUCGGAAACUGAAAACCAAACCUGAAUACGCUAUUUAUCACCCCAAUCCGUUUUAUCAGUACCCCGGUGUCACUGAUUUUCUAACUCAAGAAAGUCGUUUGUAUUUGGUGGAUGGAGGUGAAGAUGGUCAAAAUAUCCCCAUUGGGCCUCUAUUAAUACCAGAGCGGAAAAUUGACGUUGUAUUCGCCCUUGAUUCCAGUUCUGAUGUUUGCGGUUAUCCAAAUGGCACAAUGCUAAGGAAUUUCUACAGAGACAACUAUCUCGCUGGUAGCAGCACGAAUUCAAGGCCAUUUCAAGUUUUGCCGCAUAUUCCAUCCAGUGACGAAUUUAUAAAGCUUGGCCUACUAUCUCGACCAGUGGCUUUUGGCUGCCACUUGUCUAGCUUUCCCAAUUUUGAACUGACAAUGAAGCCCGGUUCUAACUCUACGUUACUUCCACCAAUCAUACUUUAUCAUGCAAACUCAGCUCACUCAUUUAAAUCAAAUUUGUCCACCUUCAAGCUCAAAUAUUCAGAUGAUGAGGUUCAUAAUAUGCUACAAAACGGCAGAGAUAUUUUCAGUUUCGAAUCAAGUCCAAAGUACAAAAGAUGCUUGGCAUGCAUAAUCGUGAAAAGGGCAUACGACCGAAAAUUACUGAGCUUGGAAGAAGCCCAAAUGCCUUUUUUCUGUGAGGUGUGCUACAGUGAAUACUGCUUUAACUGA